CUUUCGGUUUCUAGGGCGGGGAGAGGCGUUGGACGCAGGUGUUUUAGCACUUUCGGGUCAAUUCAUGCUCUCUCGAUUUUAGCUGGAAUGAUAUUUUCCAGAUAAAAGGGAUUUGUUUGUAAAUAACAGUCAUGUGCUGCAUGGAUUCCUGCUGCCAUCCAGUUAAAACGACAAACCCACCCAGAGCACUGGGGAUUUGAGUCGCUUCGACUAGCCUAGGGACAACUAACUGUAAAGGAAAUGUCGAGCGUCGACUAUUUUAGGUUUCUAUACAAAUCGCGAUCAAGCCAGUAAAUUGAAGCUGCUUUUAAAUAAUAUUGCAUUCAUUUGAUUGGUCGACCGACCCGCUGCAAGUUUGAGUUCUCUGGGCGACGAUGUGCUCAAUUGUAACGUUUAACUUGUUACAUACAUUUUGCUAUUCUAACCUAAUUUAUAUUAGUAUCAGUAGCGCCACGUGAAUGUUUAUUGAUACAUGAUCAACUCGUCAUUUCUUCUAAGGUAGACCCUCUGGAUUUUACGCUAAACUGUUCAAUAGAACAUAAUUGAUGGACAUAGUUGUUCCUGCUUUACUUCCGGGUUGAAAGAAGGGACUUUUUAAAAUGUUCUUCCAAUGACAUCAUUAUGUCCCCUUCAUUGGUUAUUGAUCCAGUAGUUGACUGUAAAUAAGCAUCCAAAGGCACCACUCUAUCCACAUUCUCUGACUAGGCUACACCACAUUUUUGAAAAGCAAGUGCAGUUCACUAGAACUUUGCACAGCCCUUUGGCACUUUCCAUGUUUUGCUGUGCCCUGGUAGACUAGAUAACAGAGAGAGAACAUGGAAGAUGAGAUGUUUGAGCCGCUCAUGUAUGUCCUGAACCAACUGGUGACAUGGAUCACUGCGGGGGCCAUGGUGUUUGGUGGAGUGGUACCUUACAUCCCCCAGUACAGGGACAUCAGACCGACACAGAAAGCAGAGGGAUUCUCCACCUAUGUCUGCCUCGUCCUACUGGUGGCCAACAUUCUACGUAUACUGUUCAGGUUUGGGCGCUACUUUGAGACACCACUCCUGUGGCAGAGCAUCGUCAUGAUUGCCACCAUGUUGAUCAUGCUCAACCUGUGUACAAACGUCCGCGUGGCCACCGAACUCCAGACUAAGAAACGUUCAUUCACAGUUUUGUCUGUAGUAACAGUCACUAAGGAGGAGGUCACAGUCCCUAAGAAGUUAUUUCUGGACUUUGAAUGGAGCCACUUCUGGUCGUGGAGUCGUUUCGUGGACUACAUGCAGUGUGUGGUGGCGUUCACCCUGCUGGUGGCCUACAUCACCUACCUGCUGCUGGACUCGUCUCUGUUCGUGGAGACCCUGGGCUUCCUGGCUGUCUUCGCUGAGGCCAUGCUGGGGACGCCGCAGCUCUACUGUAACUACCAGAACAAGAGUACUGAGGGGAUGAGUAUAAACAUGGUGACGAUGUGGAUGAGUGGGGACAGCUUUAAGACGGGUUACUUCCUGCUGACCGAGGCUCCUGUCCAGUUCUGGACCUGUGGUCUGCUGCAGGUGGGAGUGGACAUUACCAUUCUCCUCCAGGUGUACUACUACAGCCGCUACCCGCAGAAACCCGUCUCACACAGUGCGUCACACACAACCAAUGCACUCUGACACCCCUAGCACACACAUCGUUAUCAGUCGGUCAUGAAGCACAGUUUCAGUGUAACUUUGCCUGAAGAAUUCCUGCUGAAUGACACUUAUUACGUUUCAUUUCAAAACAGAUGGGACAUCCAGUUAUGUGUACGUGGUGCAGAUGGUUAUACAAAUAUAUGCCUAAGAAUGUAUCCCUGUAUACGAAUAUGCCUAAGCAUACAUACAAAAUCUACAAUGCAAUCAUGCACAGUGUGUGUAUGGAUGAACACUCAAGGACAUGUGGACCAGCUUUCUUGUCCAUAGACCUGCAUGAAAUACCUUCAGACUCACAAAGGGCUGGUUACCCAGCCAGUGAUAACAAUAUACAACCCAUCAUCAAAAUAACUAACAGAAACCUCACUGAAUGUACAAUGGAAUUAUACUUUUUGUGGAAUUUAAAAUCUACGUUUAGAAUCUACAUUUCAUUUAGAUAGCUAUUUCUUGGUCUCAGUGGAUUGAUGCUGGUCAGUUCUCCACUGGUCUGGUCUGUCUGACUGAGGCCUCUUCUGAUCUGGUCUGAUUGGAAGAUGACCUGCUGCUGCUUGUUGGAAAAUUCACAAGAUGAAUUCAGAUGAAAGCAAUUGAAAACUUCAUUUUUGGUAAAACUGCUAAGGCUGUAAGGGCCAGGUUCCUGGGAGCCCAACAUGUUUCCUAUAUAUAUACACUGCUCAUAAAAAUAAAGGGAACACUUAAAUAACACAAUGUAACUCCAAGUCAAUCACACUUCUGUGAAAUCAAACUGUCCACUUAGGAAGCAACACUGAUUGACAAUAAAUUUCACAUGCUGUUGUGCAAAUGGAAUAGACACAAGGUGGAAAUUAUAGGCAA